AUGAACGAGUUCGUUCCUAAUUUCGAGAUGCGCGAGGGUGAUGCCCGGACCCUUGGGCCGCAACGUAUGGCAACAAGCGGAGCCGUUCCAGUCAUCAAUGAGCAAGGAAAAGUCGUCAUGCAGAAAGUCAAAGUUCAACGAUAUGUGGCCGGAAAAGUGCCCGCCUACGCACAGGAGCAUUCAUCCAGCGAGGACGAAGAGCGACAGGAACGUCGACGUGAGCGACGAGAACGAGAGGAGCGUGAAAAAAACCGAGAAGAACGCCACAGAGAAGAUCGUGAGAAAGAAAGGAGACGUCGCCAUGAUCGAGAUCGAGACCAUGAGAGAAAUCGCAGUGAAGAACGAGAAAUUGCUGAACCAGAAAUUCUCCGACCAGACCCAGCUGAAGAAGAAGCAAAUCGCUUUGAAUUAGAGGAACGUCGUGAAAGAGCUCGUCUGCGUCGCCUUGAACUGGAAAAGCAAAAGAGUGACGAUGAGGAACAAGAUGAUGCUGGGAGCGAUGAAGAACAAUUUGAGCGUAGACGUCGACUUCUUCGCGAGAAGGCUCUUAGAAGAGAAGAAGAAGAGAUUCGUUUCAAAAAGGAAAUAAAGGAAGAAUUGGAGCAAAGUGAGGAGGAAGAUGAAGAGGAAACGAGUGAAGAUGAGUCGAGCGACGAAGAUGAAGAAGAUCAAGUGAUGCGUUUGAAGCCGGUAUUUGUGAGAAAGAAAGACCGCAUCACUUUGGCGGAUGCUGAAAUUGAGAAAAAGAAACUCGCUGAAAAAGAAAGAGAAGAACAACGAAUUAAAGAAGAACGCCGACAAGAAAGCAUUCGGUUGGCUCAACAAGUGCGUCGUGAUGAAGAAGAGAUGGAAAAACGAAAGAAAGAAGACAAUAUCGAGCUCAGCGCCGUUCCCACUGAUGAUGAAAGCGAGGAGCUUGCAUAUGAGGCUUGGAAGUUACGUGAAAUGAAACGAUUAAAGCGGAAUCGUGAUGAACGUGAGGUGGCUGCUAAGGAGAAGGCUGAACUUGAACGAAUUCACAGCAUGACUGAAGAAGAAAGAAAGGCUUGGAUUCGUGCCAAUCCGAAAGUCAUCACAAAUAAGCAAGACAAAGGAAAGUAUAAGUUCUUGCAAAAGUACUUCCAUCGGGGUGUGUUCUAUUUGGACGAAGAAGAUGAAGUCAAGAAACAAGACUUUGCUGCCCCAACAAUGGAAGAUCAAUUCGAUAAAACUGUGUUGCCCAAAGUUAUGCAAGUCAAAAACUUUGGAAAGGCUUCGCGAACCAAGUGGACUCAUCUUACAGCUGAAGAUACAACUGAUCACCAGGGUGCCUGGAACACACCAAGCGCUCAAAAUGUAACGUUCUUCAACAAGAAAGCUGGCGGGACGCGCUCCAUCUUCGAUCGACCGGCCUCGAAGAAGCGAAAAGUG